AUGUCUUCUACCUACUACGACGUCAUUUUUGCUGGUGGCGGUGCCAGUGCUUGUGUUACUGCAGGUCGGCUCGCAGAUGCUGACCCAACUUUGAAAAUAUUAGUUUUGGAAGCAGGCUCCCAUUCCAAGGACCUAUACUAUCAUGUACAACCAGGCCGAUUUUUCAGCAACAUUCUGGCUCAAAAACCUAUACUAUCCUUUCAUGUUGGACAAGGUGGCAAAGGUACUGGUGAACGGUCACACAUCGUCGCAUCUGGGCGCGCUGUAGGCGGGGGAUCAAGCAUAAAUUUCCUCAUGUACACGCGACCAGCUGCUUCCGACUUUGACGAUUGGGAGAGUGUUCAUGGUAAUACAGGGUGGGGAUCCAAGGAAAUAAUUCCCCUUCUGAACAAGGCAGAAACUUAUCAGCCUAAUCCCACUCAUCCGGCGCAUGGAUCAUCAGGACCAAUUAAAAUAUCAUUCGCCUCUGCAGGGAACAACGUGGGUGAAGAAAUGAUAUCUGUCGGUCAAGCUCUCAAGGAUGAUCGUGGCUCAACUGAUGAUAUCAACGACUUCAGUUCCAAGUCUCUAAAUUCCUGGAGCAUGCUUAUUAGAUAUAUUGACUCUAUCACCGGCAGACGAUCCGAUGCAGCUCAUGGGUACAUCUACAAUAAGGAGCACCCAAACUUGGUUGUGCAGACAAACUCCAAGGUGCUGCGUGUCAUAUUCGAUGGUACUCGAGCUGUCGGAGUGGAAUAUGUGGAUGACACAAUAGGCAGAGCUAGAGGAGCUGUAGAGCCGAUCUCUGUCAGAGCAGCUCGCCUUGUGGUUCUUUCUUCAGGAGCAUUCGGAUCUCCUGCCAUUCUAGAACGCUCGGGUGUGGGAUCUCCUGAAAUUCUGGAGAAAAAUGGAGUCGAGCAGCUUGUAAAUUUGCCCGGUGUAGGAAAGAAUUAUAUGGACCAUAAUGCAAUUUUCACUUCUUACCUUGCCAGUGAAAAUGCGACCACAAUGGAUUUAGUAUUUCGUGGUAACGAAAAUGAAGUGCAGACCUUAGCAGAUCAGUGGACAAAAGAAGGGAAAGGACUAUUCGCCAACAAGGACGUAGAUGGUAUCCAAGAUUAG